GUGAAGAGGCGGUUGUCGCGGAGCAGGAGCGGGCCUGAGGGGGAGGGGGUGGGGGUUAAGCCCCUCUCUCUAUCUCUCUCGGCGCUGGCAAUGGCGGCCGAGUUUCACCUGAGGACCGGCAAGCUGGUGGCGUUGCUGAACGGUAACCGCACGGCCAAGCGUAACAAGCCGACCGAGGAGUUCAACCACGGGCUGGCGAUGAGCCGGGAGCCGCUGGGGGACGGGCAGCUCUUCCAGGUGCGGAUCGACAGGAAGGUGAACUCCUGGAGUGGCUCGAUUGAAAUUGGAGUGACUGCCUUGGAUCCCAGUACUUUGGAUUUCCCCAGCAGUGCCACUGGGCUGAAGGGUGGCUCCUGGAUCAUUUCGGGCUGCUCGGUGCUGCGGGAUGGGCGAUCGGUGCUGGAGGAGUAUGGCCAAGACCUGGACCAACUGAGUGAGGGUGACAAAGUGGGCAUUCAGCGGACUGCAGGGGGUGAGCUGCACCUGUGGGUGAAUGGACGAGACUGUGGGGUGGCAGCCUCAGGGCUGCCCCCACGGGUUUGGGGCGUGGUUGACCUGUAUGGCAAGUGCACUCAAGUGACCGUGUUGGGCUGUGACACCAUCCCUCGAAGGGAAGAAACACGCAGAGCCACCGCUGCCACUUCCACCACUGAAGAAGGUUUUGUGGGGAUGGAGCUGUCAGAUGUUGUGAACAAUGCUAUUCUCUCGGCGUAUACCGGGAGCUUGCUGAACGUCAGCCUGGGCAGCCCGCUGGACAGCAGCUGCUCAGUCACCUCCAACGAUGCCCUUCUCUUCCAUGAGAAGUGUGGCACACUCAUCAAGCUCAGCAACAACAACAAGACAGCCGAGCGGCGCCGCCCACUCGACGAGUUCAACAAUGGCGUCGUCAUGACCAACCGCCCAUUGCGGGACAAUGAGAUGUUUGAGAUCCGGAUUGACAAAUUGGUGGACAAAUGGUCUGGCUCAAUCGAAAUUGGUAUCACCAUGCACAACCCAAAUAACUUGGACUACCCAGCAACAAUGACCAAUCUCCGUUCAGGGACAAUUAUGAUGAGUGGCUGUGGAAUUCUGACCAAUGGGAAGGGCACUCGAAGGGAAUAUUGUGAGUUUAGCCUGGAUGAACUGCAGGAAGGAGAUCACAUUGGACUCAUGAGGAAAUCCAAUGGGGCUUUGCAUUUUUAUAUAAAUGGCAUCGAUCAAGGCGUUGCUGCAACCCAGACUCUGCCCACUGUUUAUGGAGUGGUGGAUCUCUAUGGCAUGGCAGUGAAAGUGACCAUUGUCCACAACCACAACCACUCCGACCGGCUGCGCAGGAACAACGCCAUCAUGCGGGCUCUGUCACCAGACGUGGGGCGGCGAGUAUUUGACUCUGGCGACACUGAGGUAGAGCGGCUGCUCUUCCAUCCCAACUGUGGGCAGAAGGCAGCGAUCGUGUGUGAUGGGAGAACAGCACUGAGGCCCCACGCAACAGAUGACUUCAACCACGGUGUGGUACUCAGCAACCGUUCCCUCAGGAGCAACGAAAUCUUCCAAGUCCGUAUUGACAAGAUGGUGGACAAAUGGGCGGGAUCCAUUGAGAUUGGCGUGACCACCCACAAUCCUGCUUAUCUCCAGUUACCAUCAACCAUGACCAAUCUACGUUCUGGUACUUGGAUGAUGACUGGUAAUGGUGUGAUGCAUAACGGGACCACAAUUCUUGAUGAGUACGGACACAAUCUUGAUCGACUGAAGGCGGGAGACACGGUUGGUGUUAUGCGCAAGGAUGAUGGAAGUUUGCAUUUCUUUGUGAACAACGUAGACCAGGGUCUUGCAGCAUCUAAUGUACCAUCCAGUGUUUAUGCCGUGGUGGAUCUGUACGGCCAAGCUGCCCAAGCCACUAUCAUCGAUGAUAUAGAUCUGCCGCCUCUGCCCGAUGAGCCUUUGGAUGGCAACAACCAGGUCUCUCCCUGCAGCCUCUUUUCACUGACCCCCAGCAAUGACCUCCGCUUCCAUCAUCUCCAUGGCAACAAUGCUGUGAUCACUAACGGUGGCCGCACUGCCUUUCGGCAGAACUGCCGCAGCGAGUUCAAUGAUGCCAUUGUCAUGUCUAACAGAGCAUUGAAAGAAGGAGAGAUGUUUGAAAUAUUGAUUCAGAAAAUGGUAGACCGGUGGUCUGGAUCCAUCGAGGCAGUUAAUAUUGAGACUCCCCCUUAUUUAGGAGUUACAGCAAUCCGUCCGGAUGACCUCGAGUUUCCCAGCACUAUGACGGAUAUAGACUAUGACACUUGGAUGCUGAGUGGCACAGCUAUCAUGCAAGAUGGGAACACGAUGCGCAACAAUUAUGGCUGUGAUCUGGACUCAUUAACCACUGGCUCACGAAUUGGGAUGAUGCGCAGCUUGAAUGGUGACCUCCAUUACUACAUCAACGGGGUGGAUCAGGGCGUGGCAUGCCUGGGCCUACCACCAGAGCUUUACGCUGUGGUUGAUCUGUACGGACAGUGCGUCCAAGUAUCUAUUACCAGUGGCUCACCACCCAUGGACAACAGCCUAUCACUGAGCAAUGCCACCGAGAAAUCCUUCCCAAUACAUUCCCCAGUUCCAGGAAUCGCGCACCGCUUCCACUCCAACUGUGGGAAGAAUGUGGCAUUGCAGAAUGACGGGUGUCGAGCUGUUCGGAUCCAUGGCUUUUCCCAUGGGGUCGUUCUGAGCAUGAAGGAGUUGAGGUCUGAUGAGCUCUUCGAGGUUAAGAUCGAUGAGAUUGAUGAACAGUGGUCUGGUUCACUGCACAUUGGGUUGACCACUCUUCAGCCUUUGGAUGUCUCCUGUCCCUCCUCCGGGCUUCCAUCUUCAUUGCUGGAGCUGAGGUCAAAGGUCAGCUGGCUGGUCAGUGGCUCCGAGGUCAGGCGCAACGGAACGUUGCAGAAGCAGAACUAUGGUUUCUCAAUGGAGCGGCUGGCGGUUGGCAACCGUGUUGGAGUGAAGCGUGCCAGUGAUGAUACCAUGCACAUCUUCAUUGAUGGAGAGGACAUGGGCGUGGCAGCAGCAGGCAUUGCUAAGAAUGUUUAUGCAGUGGUCGACCUGUACGGUAAAGUUGUGUCAGUGUCCAUUGUGAGUUCCAGUGCACUGGAGGAAGCAGAGAGUACAAAACCACCCUCAAUAUCCUCAGACAGUGGCAGUGAGGAGGAAGAAGAGCUGAGCCCUUGUGAGAAUGAAACGUCGGUCUUCAUGGCCACUGUUGAGUUCAUGGAGAAUCAUGGCAGAAACAUCUUGUUGUCCAACAAUGGUCACACUGCCACCCGAGUGGCCAGCUACAACCAAGGCGUGGUGGCAUCUGCCCAGCCGUUACCCCGGCAACUGCUGUUUCAGAUUCAGAUUGAUCGUUUAAAUUCACAGUGGACAUCUUCACUCUCACUGGGUGUGAUUGGAAACUCUCCCGAGCGGUUUAAUUUCCCAGGCACUGCUUCGUCGAUCAAGCGCUCUGCAUGGCUGAUCCAGCGAGAUUCUGUUUUUCACAAUUCAUUAAAGAUUUGUGACAAUUAUGGUCCCAACUUGGAUACGUGCCCAGAGGGAACCAUUCUUGGACUCCUGGUAGAUAAUGCACACAGUAUGCACCUAUUUGUUAAUGGAAUGGACCAAGGUGUAGCUGCUCAAGACAUUCCCAAUCCGUGUUUUGUUGUGAUUGACCUGUAUGGCCAGUGCGAACAGGUUACCAUAGUGACCAAUGACAUCAUGACUAUAGGAGGUGAUAGUGGCCAUUUACGCUGCCAAGGCGAUGUGGAAAAAGCUGAUGUGGUUGAUGGUAUUAAGGAGAAUUUGUGCUGGACACCACCGCCUGAAGUGAAUCCCAUGAAAACAUGUGAAUAUCAAGCACUUUGUGCAAGGUUCAAGGAACUCCUUCCAUUGCCAGACGGUUACUUCGAUGAGGAGGUGAAGUGUAACCUGUGCUACUGUGAAUCCUGCCACAAAUUGCGUGGAGAUGAAGCCUACUACAAGCGGGGCGACCCACCAAAGGACUACGCCCUCCCAUUCGGGUGGUGCAGGUUCGCACUCAGGCUGAAUCCACGCUGUGAAAUUGCUAAUGUCUACAAGAAGUGGCACACAGCGUAUCAUGGAACAUGUGUGGGCUCCCUGCGACGAACCUUGGACCACGGGGAGCUGGUAUCUGCAGGGAGCUCCUCGAUCUUCUGUACCAGUGAGACUAAAGUUGAGCUCCAGAAUGGAUAUAACGAUCCUGAGGAGAACAGUAUUCAGGAGAAAGACGUUGUGAAAGUCAGCCUGUCUCCAACAAUGCGAUAUGUUGGUCUUGACCGGUUCUGUCCUAAAAUACGAUUCAAGGACCUGAAAUCCCAACGACAUCACCAUGCUCAAGUGGCCUUCCAAGUGUGCGUGCGGCCAGGGUCGUAUAAGGUGGGGCCACAGUCCGUGGGAGCCAGCGAGUCGAUUGAUCCCAGGUUCAGCAACAAUGAAAUCGAGUGGAUCACCAAGGAGAGGGCCUCAACGGUCCUUUAUGGCCUGUUAAUCCGUGUGGAAUGAAGGAUUUCCCAUCCAAUCCGCCAGCCCCUCUGAAACUCUGGUGGAGAAGAGAGUGAGAGAGAGAGAGACUGCGAGCAUGGAGCAAGCCCAAGGGGAACGGGGUGGGGGGUGGAUGAUCCCACUUUGGUGCUACAGCAACAGCGAUGUAUUGGGUGGGUUCGGGGUGGUAAGAGAGCACAGAGUUGGGACACAUUUGCACAGUUUUACACAACUUGCUGUCACACCAGUGGAAUACUGCACUAUUGACUCUUAUGUUCAAAAGAGAGGAAAAAAAAACAAAAAAACCUCAAACUAAAAUGUUCAGUUGAGUUUAAUCUUGCAUUUUGGGGAGGGGAAUGUUUUUGUUCGUGAUGGAUGUGAACCCUAUUUCCACUGAGGUGAACAGUUUUAUAGAUUUUUCUUUGUUUUCAAAAGAAGUUUUCUUUUAAAUCCUUGGACAGUAGAAACAUGAGAACUGGGCUGCACACAGCCAGAAGCCUGAUUCAUAACUAGAAUAUAGGACAUCUGACACUGGAUAUUUCCUCUCCUUGGGGGUUGAGAUUGGAAAGGGGGUGGGCAGGGGGCACAGACAGGUGAAAGUGCCCCCAUCAGAUGGGCAUGUGUGCAAAUGCUUAGGGACAUUUUAAGGCAGCAAGACUUUCUUCUGAAAUCCUGUGCACGUGAUUGCAUGUCAACUGUGGCGAUAUUUACAGACUUGUAUAGUGUGUGAACUGCUGGGUCAGGGAAAGACAGGCACGGCUGUGUGUUUGUCAGUCAACGGGCUGGGAAGGAGUAAAGGUUAUUUAGAUCUUCUAGAUCUGUCCAAUCUCAGGAUGAAAGAGAAAAGCAGCAUGAGGGCAAAGGUUGGCCUCUCUCAGUUGGCCCAGUCACUGCCCCAAGCAGUUGCUAAGACUCUAGCGUGAUGCAGCUCAAACUUGCCUUCACCCUCUGAGCCACAGCCUCUGCACUGCGGACUGGCAUUGUGACCACUGUUGGGUUUUUUUUGUAUAAAAUGGACUCCACUGCUAAUCAUAGAAUCUCUUCAGUGCAGAAGCAGGCUAUUCAGCCCAUGGAGUCCACACUGACCCUCUGAAGACACAGCCCCCUACUCUGUCCCUGUAACUCUGCAUUUCUCAUGGCUUACCUACCUAGCCUGCACAUCCCUGGACUCUGGGCAAUUUAGCAUGGCCAGUCCAUUUAACCUACACACCUUUGGACCAAUUAUUGGCUGCCUGUUAUCACCUCUCUGCCAUUUCAUCUUUAAUGUAAAGCUGCCAUUUAAUAUCCGGUGGGAAUGGAAGGGAAUACAAUCUGAUUGAAUGGCUAGCAGCUACUGGGAGUAGACUGCAGCUGAAGAAGCAGGGAUAAACUGAGAAGGUCCUAUUGCUGCAAUGUGAACUGGUGGAGGCUACAGCUAACUGAGAGCAUUACCUGGAUUUGUUUGACAGCUUUGUGUAUUUUGCACUGGAAAGUGUUUUAUUUUGCCAACACAGACCUUGUUGCAAACGAA